GAGCCUCCGGCUCCAUCCGUGCCUGAAGUCAUCCUAUCUCUGAUUUUUCAAUUAUUUAAACCAAUAGACCCCCCGCUGUUUUCAUGUUUAAGUUAGCUGGAAUUAGGGUUUCUAGUAGUUAUAGCGGAAAGCAUCCCAAGUUUUACAUCCCUGCUUAUGAGGAAGAAGGGUUUCUCCCCUUCAUAUUAAUGCCUUGGCUUAACCUGGGCCCUGGAUAACGUCCCCACCAACCUUCUCCGCAACCUUGCUCCUUCAGCGACCAUCCUCUCUACUGAUUCCUUUCCCCUUAAUGUUUCCAACAAAAUCAGAUCUUCCUCAAGAUAGAAACAAACAAGCAAACCUUUCUACCUUCUCACACUUACAACCUGCCUUAUCUCUGUCCUCCCCUUUUCAGCCAAACUGUGUAGAACAUCUCUCCACAUUUUUCCUCCCACUUCUUGAAUUUUUUUUUUUUUUUUUUAAGAUGGAGUCUUGCUCUGUCACCCAGGCUGGAAUGCAGUGGCACGAUCUUGACUCACUGCGACCUCCACCUCCCAGGUUCAAGCGAUUCUCCUGCCUCAGCCUCCCAAGUAGCUGGUUACAGGUGCGUGCCACCACGCCUGGCUAAUUUUAGUAGAGACAGGGUUUUGCCAUGUUGGCCAGGCGGGUCUCAAACUCCUGACCUCAGGUGAUCCGCCUGCCUUGGCCUCCCAAAGUGCUGGAAUUACAGGCGGGAGCCACCGUGCCCGGCCUCCUCCCACUUCUUUACCUUCCACUCAUUCCUCAAACCACUACCAUUUGGCUUCUGCUGAAACUACUCUCACCAAGUCACGCAGCAGUCUCUUAGUUAUCAAUGCCUUCUAGAGACCAUGGCAGCGCACCCUGUGAUCCCCCACGGAUCCCUUUAUAUCAUUUGUGUUUGUGUUUGCCCAUUUCCCCCAACACACACACAUCCUAUACUCACUCCCACACUCCCUGGUCUCUGGUAUGUGAUUUCUGUUCCAACAGUUAGGACUCCAGAUUUGUUUUUUCUAAUUUCUUGAGAUGAAGUCUCGCUCUGUUGCCCAGUCUGGAGUGCAGUGGCACGAUCUCGGCUCACUGCAACCUCCACCUCCCAGGUUCAAGCGAUUCUCGUGCCUCAGCCUCCCAAGCAGCUGGGAUUACAGGCACGCGCCACCACACGUGGCUAAUUUUUUAUAUUUUUGGUAGAGAUGAGGUUUCGCCAUGUUGGCUAGGCUGGUCUCAAACUCCUGACCUCAAGUGAUCUGCCCACCAUAGCCUCCCAAAGUACUGCGAUUGAUAACAGUGGGAUUGAUUACAGGACUGAGCCACCAUGCCCAGCACUUUUUUGUUUUUUGAGAUGGAGUCUCGCUCUGUUGCCCAGGCUGGAGUGCCGUGGGACGAUUUUGGCUCACCACAGCCUCCGCCUCCCAGAUUCAAGUGAUUCUCCUGCCUCAGCCUCCCAAGUAGCUGAGAUUACAGGCAUGUGCCACCAUGUCCAGCUAAUUUUUGUAUUUUUUAGUAGAGGUGGGGUUUCACUAUGUUGGCCAGGAUGGUCUUGAACUCCUGAACUCAUGAUGCGCCCGCCUCGGCCUCCCAGUGUUGGGACUACAGGCGUGAGCCACUGCGCCCGGCCAUCUUAGAACAUUUUUUUUUUUUUGAGACAGAGUCUCGCUCUGUCGCCCAGGCUGGAGUGCAGUGGUGCGAUCUCGGCUCACUGCAAGCUCUGCCUCCCAGGUUCACACCAUUCUCCUGCCUCAGCCUCCCCAGUAGCUGGGACUACAGGCACUCGCCACCACGCCUGGCUAAAUUUUUUUGUAUUUUUAGCAGAGAUGGGGUUUCACCGUGUUAGCCAGGAUGGUUUUGAUCUCCUGACCUCAUGAUCCGCCUGUCUCGGCCUCCCAAAGUGCUGGGAUUACAGGCGUGAGCCACUGUGCCCAGCCUUGAACAUUCUUAGGUGAGUCAGGAUAUUUAUCCGUCUUCCCCUCUUGGGUUAUUUAUUUGUCUUCGAGUUCCAGGAUGGGCACUUGAUCCAAUCAGCUACUCAGUUCUGGAACUUUCAUUGGGAAUCUCAGAAAAGAGGCAUGCUCCUUCUAGGAGAGUUGCUAAGCUAUUAGGGUUUAAGCUUGGAGCUACAAAAAGCUAUUUUGCCACUAAGAGAGGAGAGCCUGCCUGAGGGUGAAGCCAAAUGCAUGGGGAAGGCAGAACCAGAGAUGGUGAGCCACAGGUUCCUGAUAUCUUCUGGCCCGUGUGUUCACCUGUCUGAAUCUGUCCGCUCUGGACUUUUCAAUUACUUGGGCCAUAGCUUCCUUUACUGUUUAGGCCAGCUGGAGCCGGGUCAGAGACUGGAUGGGUGUAGGAUCUCACUGUGCUCAUGCUUUCGACUACCCUCCAUACUUUAAUUGUUCUCGAUUUCUCUAACUGGCCUUGACGUCUCUUCUUAGCUCCAGACUAUAUGCCCACAGACGUCCCAAAAGCACGUCUGAAAUUGACCUCAUUAUUAUUAUUGUCAUUAUUUUUGAGAUGGAGUCUCGCUCUUUUGCCCAGGCUGGAUUGCAGUGGCGCAGUCUUGGCUCACUGCAACUUCCGCCUCCGGGGUUCAAGUGAUUCUUCUGCCUCAGCCUCCUCUCAAGUAGCUGGGAGUACAGGCGCCUGCCACCAAGCCCGGCUAAAUUUUUUGUAUUUUUAGUGCAGAUGGGGUUUCACCAUGUUGGUCAGGCUGGUCUCAAACUCCUGACCUCAAGUGAUCCGCCCGCCUCGGCCUCCCAAAGUGCUGGGAUUACAGGCGUGAGCCACUGCGUCCGGCCUUGACCUCAAUUCUUUUUUUUUUUUUUUUUGAUAGGGAGUCUAGCUCUGUUGCCCGCGCUGGAGUGCCGUGGCGCCAUCUCGGCUCACCGCAACCUCUGCCUCCCGGGUUCAAGCUGUUCUCCUGCCUCGGUCUCCCAAGGGGCUGGGAUUACAGGCGCCUGCCACCACGCCCGGCUAAAUUUUUUGUAUUUUUAGUACAGACGGCGUUUCACCAUGUUGGUCAGGCUGGUCUCAAACUCCUGACCUCAAGCCAUCCGCCCGCCUCGGCCUCCCAAAGUGCUGGGAUUACAGGUGUGAGCCAGCGCGCCCGGCCCUGACCUCAUUUUUUUUUUUUUUUCUAUUUUUUAAAUAGGGAUUCUAGUUCUGUUGCCCGGGCUGGAGUGCCGUGGCGCCAUCUCGGCUCACCGCAAUCUCUGCCUUCCGGAUUCAAGCUAUUCUCUUGCCUCUGCCUCCGGAGGGACUGGGACUACAGGCGCGCGCCACCAUGCCCGGCUAAUUUUUGUAUUUUUAGUAGAGACGGGGUUUCACCAUGUUGGCCAGGCUGGUCUCGAGCUCCUGACCUCAGGUGAUCCACCUGCCUCGGCCUUCCGAAGUGCUGGGAUUACAGGCAUGAGCCACUGCGCCGGGCCCUGACCUCAUUAUUUCUACCCACCCCCUCCCCCACCACCACCAUCUUCAUCUCCAGUCUCAGAGAUGCAAACUCCUGGACCGCCUGCCCCUUUCCUCAGAUAAACCAAGGUCGUAAGUUCAGGCUCCGCCUCCCCGCAGGGCCUCCCCAAGGUCACCCGCUUCUUUCCUCGCUCAGCUCCUUGGUGGCGUUGUCCGCGUGCCCCUCCACAGCGGGGCCGGCGCUCUAGGCUGCAGCGGGCCGUUCACUCAGCCUCAUCAUCUCGCUGGUUUCCGGUGCUCGGCGGCUACUCUAGCCCUCAGCCGGGCCCUGGGACUCUAUCCCCUAAGGCCGGUUCUCUAUGGUCGACAUCGCCCCUUUGUCCCGAAUUUCCUCAGGGAGGACGCUCUGGUGGGAUCCAAGCACUUCCCCCGCUGCGUCUGUGGUCGCUUUUAGGUGCAACUGGAGAAAGCACUGAAGCCCUACGAGAUUCACACCGUCUUCGGUCUCCCGGGGUCAGCGCCGAGUGGGAGGAUGGCGGAACUGCUGCCGCCCACCCCUCGUCUUCUGGCCGCCUCCCUCUUUGUGCCCCGCAGGCUCCCCCUCUCCACCUCCUGGGGCCCAUCAUGAAUGGUGCCCCUUCCCCAGAGGACGGGGCCUCCCCCUCGUCUCCCCCGCUGCCCCCACCCCCGCCCCCUAGUUGGCGGGAGUUCUGUGAGUCCCACGCCCGGGCUGCGGCUCUGGACUUUGCCCGCCGUUUUCGCCUCUACCUGGCCUCCCACCCCCAAUAUGCGGGGCCCGGGGCCGAGGCUGCCUUCUCCCGCCGUUUUGCUGAGCUCUUCCUGCAGCACUUUGAAGCCGAGGUGGCCCGGGCCUCUGGCUCCCUGUCGCCACCCAUCCUGGCUCCCCUGAGCCCUGGUGCGGAGAUUUCGCCACAUGACCUGUCCCUUGAGAGCUGCAGGGUGGGUGGGCCCCUGGCUGUGCUGGGCCCUUCUCGAUCAUCUGAGGACCUGGCCGGCCCCCUCCCUUCCUCAGUCUCUUCCUCCUCUACAACCUCCUCCAAGCCAAAGCUCAAGAAGCGCUUCUCCCUGCGUUCAGUGGGUCGCUCUGUCCGAGGCUCAGUCCGUGGCAUCCUGCAGUGGCGGGGGACCGUUGACCCUCCCUCCUCCGCUGGGCCCCUGGAGACCUCGUCAGGCCCCCCAGUCUUAGGUGGAAACAGCAACUCCAACUCCUCUGGCGGGGCUGGGACCGUUGGUAGGGGACUGGUCAGUGAUGGAACGUCCCCUGGGGAAAGAUGGACUCACCGUUUUGAGAGGCUGAGACUCAGUCGGGGAGGGGGCGCCUUGAAGGAUGGAGCAGGGAUGGUGCAGAGGGAAGAGCUGCUGAGUUUCAUGGGGGCUGAGGAGGCAGCCCCUGACCCAGCCGGAGUGGGCCGGGGAGGAGGGGUGGCUGGGCCUCCUUCAGGGGGAGGAGGGCAGCCUCAGUGGCAGAAGUGUCGCCUGCUGCUUCGAAGUGAAGGAGAAGGAGGAGGAGGAAGUCGCCUGGAGUUCUUUGUACCACCCAAGGCCUCUCGGCCCCGACUCAGCAUCCCCUGCUCUUCUAUCACAGACGUCCGGACAACCACAGCCCUGGAGAUGCCUGACCGGGAGAACACGUUUGUGGUUAAGGUGGAAGGUCCGUCUGAGUAUAUCCUGGAGACAGUGGAUGCCCAGCAUGUGAAGGCCUGGGUGUCUGACAUCCAAGAAUGCCUGAGCCCAGGACCCUGCCCUGCUACCAGUCCCCGCCCCAUGACCCUCCCUCUGGCCCCUGGGACCUCAUUCCUUACAAGGGAGAACACAGACAGCCUGGAGCUGUCCUGCCUGAAUCACUCGGAGAGUCUACCCAGCCAGGACCUGCUGCUUGGACCCAGCGAGAGCAAUGACCGCCUGUCGCAGGGGGCAUAUGGGGGCCUCUCAGACCGCCCCUCGGCAUCCAUCUCCCCCAGCUCUGCCUCCAUUGCCGCCUCCCAUUUUGACUCGAUGGAACUGCUUCCCCCAGAGUUGCCCCCCCGCAUCCCCAUUGAAGAGGGACCCCCAGCAGGGACAGUUCAUCCCCUCUCAGCCCCCUACCCUCCCUUGGACACUCCGGAGACAGCCACAGGGUCCUUCCUGUUCCAGGGGGAGCCAGAGGGCGGUGAGGGGGACCAGCCCCUCUCAGGGUAUCCUUGGUUCCACGGGAUGCUCUCUCGGCUCAAGGCUGCACAGUUGGUGCUGACUGGCGGCACUGGCUCCCACGGUGUCUUCCUGGUGCGCCAGAGUGAGACAAGGCGGGGUGAAUACGUCCUCACCUUCAACUUCCAGGGCAAGGCCAAGCACCUGCGUUUGUCGCUGAACGAGGAGGGUCAGUGCCGGGUCCAGCACCUGUGGUUCCAGUCCAUUUUCGAUAUGCUCGAGCACUUCCGGGUGCACCCCAUCCCUUUGGAGUCGGGAGGCUCCAGUGAUGUUGUCCUUGUCAGCUAUGUCCCAUCCUCCCAGCGACAGCAGGGCCGGGAGCAGGCUGGGAGCCAUGCGGGGGUGUGCGAGGGAGAUGGAUGCCACCCCGAUGCCUCCUGCACCCUCAUGCCCUUCGGAGCGAGUGACUGUGUAACCGAACACCUCCCAUGACCCACCCCAGCCCCCUGAACCCCCUUCAUGGACAGAUCCCCCACAGCCUGGGGCAGAAGAGGCGUCGAGGGCGCCAGAAGUGGCGGCAGCAGCAGCCGCAGCAGCCAAAGAGAGGCAAGAGAAAGAGAAAGCGGGCGGUGGAGGGGUCCCGGAAGAGCUGGUCCCCGUGGUUGAGCUGGUCCCCGUGGUUGAAUUGGAAGAGGCCAUAGCCCCAGGCUCAGAGGCCCAGGGCGCUGGGUCUGGUGGGGACGCGGGGCUGCCCCCAAUGGUGCAGCUGCAGCAGCCACCACUAGGGGGUGAUAGAGAGGAAGGGGGCCACCCCAGGGCCAUUAACAACCAGUACUCCUUCGUGUGAGCCAACCCCACCCGCUCCACCCUUUUUAAACCCCCCAGCCCUGCUCGUGAGAUUGGGCUGGGUAGGGACAGAGGAGGCCGAAAUCCCUCCCCCAUGCUUCCUGACCCUUGUUGGCCAAGGGCAUCUUUGAUGGUACAAGCAGAGGCUCGGGAGAGGCUCCCGUCACACACUACAGGUCCCCUCCCCAGGGCAGGGGAUUUGGGCUCCAUGAGCUCCUUGAGGGGCUCUUCUGGUCAGCCCCACCCUGGGGGCCAUUUCCCCAUUAACUACCCCCAGCCCGAGGCAGGGUGAGGGGGAAGGGCUGUCAGUUACAUUAAGGUGGUUGUUGUUGUUGUUUUAAACAAAAUGGAGAAGCAUAAAUAAAUAAAAAGGUUUAUCUCGGUUC